AUGGGUAGACAACCUAAUCUCCUCGCCUUCCCCAGCGUCGAUCAACUCGCGACAACACUACGCGCCUACAUCCUCCAAGCCCAAGCCGCAGGUCUGAACCGCCACGAGCACUUCAAAAUCGCCGUGUCCGGCGGCUCGCUCCCAAAGACGCUUGCGAAAGCCCUCCUCGCACCAGCGAGCGGUCCCGAAGACAAAUUGCAGUUCGGAAAAUGGGAAAUUUUCUUCGCAGACGAGCGGGCGGUCCCUCUCACGCACGAAGACUCCAAUUAUGCCCUCCUUAAAGCCGAGUUACUCGAUAAGAUUCCCCAGGAGCUGGGCCAACCGAUUGUUCACACGAUAAACACCGAUCUGUUGAACGAUGUACAAGAGAUGGCAGACCAAUACGAGAAGCUCUUGGUGAGCAGUUUCGCACAACGGGAUAGUGUCAAACUACCCAUCUUCGACCUGCUACUCCUUGGUUGUGGACCAGAUGGACAUACCUGCUCGCUCUUCCCCGGCCACGAACUUCUACGCGAGACCAACUGUUGGGUUGCGCCGAUUGAGGACUCGCCUAAGCCACCGCCAAAGCGAAUCACCCUCACUCUGCCAGUUGUCUGUCACGGUGUUCGAAUCGCAUUCGUGGCAACGGGUGGUGGGAAGAAGGAGAUCAUGAAGGAGAUCUUUGAAGGUAAUGGGGGCUUGCCUUGUGCGCUUGUUAAUGAGGGGGGCCAGGAGAGGGUUACUUGGUUCACGGAUACGCCGGCUGUGGAGGGAGUCAGCUUUCCAAGGAGGGGAAGUCUAUGA